AUUCUCAUGUGUGGAAGGACAGCCGCCUGCUUACCACUUAUGUAACAACAUGACUGGUUAAGUUUUGUUCCAGUUAGGUUUUUUUUCUUUUUUUCUUAUUGUAAUUCGUUAGAUAUGGUAAACUUGGUUUUGUUUUUCUGCAUUUUAGUUUUCCUUCUGAUCUUUCCAAUUAUGUCUUUUGAGCUGAAGCCCCGCGUCUAUGCUAGAUCUUUUUACUCGGCUGAAACUGUCACAGGCUGCGCUAUCGCAUCUUCAUUGGGACCGCAGGGUCGGAGUCCCGCUCCGGUCACAAGAUGUGCCAGGAGUAAACUGGCUGAGUACAUAGAAAAUUGAACCAAAUGCAUACGGUAAUUAUUUCUUUAUUUUGCAUUCAUUCGACCGUGAAUAAUGCGGCUGACAAAAGUCGACAAGCUCCCAAGAAAAUAGGAUUUGGCGCAGCGACCCGAAGGACCAUUCUGGUUAUCAGUUAACUCCCGGAAUGGACAACAACGAAGGCGGACGAUUUAAUACAAUUUAUUGGGAAAAUGAAAGCUCUACUUUACAUUUUGGGAUUACACCGCUGAACUAAUUACUUGUUCUUCUAACUGGAUUGUUUCGCGACAAUUAUGCUGUUUAAUUUACACGAGCGAUUUGAUAGAUGACAGCUGUACUGGCUUGUCUUUCGGGCUCCGGACAUGUGCGGCUAAAUGCGGCGAGGCGUGGAGGUUAAACGGGCGCUUUACCUUAAAAGUGGGUUAAUUUAAAACAAGUCGUUUGGCCAUUUGAGUCGCUAUGGAAGGAAUAAUAACCGUUUGUUGUUAAUAUCCACGAUUUUGUCUACAAAAGUCGUUCUACUCUACUUUUCCCAACAAUGCGGGAAUGAUGAACCGCUUUCCUAUAUCGAUAGGAGCCUAACUGUUCGAACCAAUGCCAAUGUGCUUUGAAGGACUGAUCCCCUCGUAGGGGAAUACAAAGUGAGUUUGUAGCGUGGACACAAGCCCGUCCCCAGAAGAGUGAGGUAGCCGAAUGCCGCUCCCCACCCCGACGCGAAGCCGGUCGCUGUCCGUCGCGAUAGUGGUGCUGAAAUCUGGAUGAUGCCUGGCCAGCGAAUACAAGGCUGCCGCUCCUUACACAUAAACGAGGACAACGGUCGCUUUCUGCUGCUCGCCAUCCUGAUCGUGCUGUACCUGCUGUGCGGUGCCGCAGUCUUCUCCGCCAUCGAGAGACCUUCGGAGCUGCAAGCCCACGGCCGCUGGAAUCGGACGCUCUUCAACUUCAGCGAGACGUUCAACAUCAGCCUGCAGGAUCUCAACUCAUUUCUGAGGGAAUACGAAGCCGCGAUUGCCGCCGGGAUCCGGGCCGACACCAUAAGACCGCGAUGGGACUUUACUGGCGCAUUCUACUUUGUUGGAACUGUCGUAUCAACUAUCGGCUUCGGGAUGACCACUCCGGUGACGGUGGCAGGCAAGGUGUUCCUCAUCUUCUACGGCCUGCUGGGCUGCGCCGCCACCAUCCUGUUCUUUAACCUCUUCCUGGAGCGCAUCAUCACGCUGCUGGCUGUGGUGAUGAAGGCGGUGCGUGAGCGGAGGCUGCGCCAUGGAGGCCUUCUGCCCCCCGGGCUGCGGCACGACUUCACUCACGGCUACCUGCCAGGCUGGAAGCCGUCUGUCUACCACGUGAUGCUGAUCCUGGGCCUGGGCGCCGCUGUGCUGUCCUGCUGUGCCUCAGCGAUGUAUACGCCCGUGGAAGGCUGGGCCUACCUGGACUCACUCUACUACUGCUUUGUCACCUUCAGCACCAUCGGAUUUGGUGACCUGGUCAGCAGCCAGCGGGAAGCCUAUGAGUACCAGGGCCUGUACCGGCUGGCCAACUUCCUGUUUAUCCUGUCAGGGGUCUGCUGCAUCUACUCGCUCUUCAAUGUCAUCUCCAUUGUGAUCAAGCAGGUGCUGAACUGGAUGAUUCAGCGCAUGGGCUGCCUCUGCUGUCAGCGGUGCAAAAAGAACGGGGCUUUCCUGGGUCGCCGCAACGCCAUCCGGCCUGGUUCUCGCAUCCGCCGCGGACGCCUCGCCCGGCCGGCCAACUCCGACGGCCCCUGUGACAGCGACACGGAAGGCCGGCGCCUCUCUGGCGAGAUGAUCUCCAUGCAUGACCUGACCGCCUCCAACAGGGUGUCGCUGGCCAUGAUGCAGAAGCAACUCUCGGAAUCGGCCAACGGCUUCCCCAGGACCGUGUGCGGAAGCUCGCGGCAAAAUGGCUUCUCUGGGGGAGUUGGGGCCCUGGGCAUUAUGAACAAUCGGCUGGCGGAGACUAGCAACACCAGGUAGAGGCAGCCAAGGGUGGGGGGUGUUGAAUGGAGAGAGAACUCUGUACCUGGACAGAGGAAGGAAAAUUGAAAAAAUUAAAAGGAUGGGUCUGCAGAGACAAAUGGGUCAACGUAGCUGCUCUAAGGUUCCCAACCUCCAAUGGGUCUCCGAAAGUAGGGUGAUGUCAGAAUAUUACUCUGGACAUGAUUAUAUUUGUGACUAUUUAUACUAAUACUACACAAAGUUGCUACAUUCUGAGUACUGUAUAUUAGCAUUUGAUAAAUUUUGCUUAUACUCAACAUUUGAAACUAAGUUUACUUAGUAAUAGGAAGUUCAAUUUGGAAUCCAUUAUUAGAUUUGGUUACAUAUUAGCAUUUUUCAGUAAACUGUAUGUUUAAACCUUCAAAAUACCAUCGGUUUUGCAAAGCUAUUCAUCCCAAGGGGAUGGAUAAAGUAUCACUAUUCUAUUCUAUUCUAUUCUAUUCUAUUCUAUUCUAUUCAGCACAUUGUACUUUUCAACUAUGCAUCUUAAGCACUUCCGGAGGAUGUUUAAAGACAGUAUUGUAAGGAAAUGUAAAAUGAAUUAUUAUGUAUUUUUUUAAAUGAGACACAUACUGUUUUCACAUAUUGACACAAAAAAAAACCGAACAACCUCCUUACUGAAUGUUACAAAUGGACAGGGGUCCCGGGAGAGAGCCUUGCGGCACCUCAAAAGAGCGCUGACUUACGAGCGUCUGCAUGCUGUGUCAGCAUUCCUGAAGCAUGUCACCGAGUGUUUUCCCAGCAUUAGAGGCAGCCUUUGAUCACACUUCGUUGUAAUUAAGGUCUGAAAUGAAAGCUCCUUCAGUUUUGCCUGUUUCUGUUGCAUGAUUCCUGCUACUUGGCCUUUUAUUUUUCAUUUCGGAAGUAGCAGCUACGGGGCCUUUGAGGUCUAGUUCUGAAUUUGCAGCUUAAUAGCGUGUCUCUUCUUCGCUUGGUUAUCUCGGCUUCUGUGUUAAUCCUACCAGAUUCGUUGUACUGCUUUUAAUCUCUGAAUUAGUUGAUGCUAACUCAGAUUGUGUCUCUGGACAAGCACAUCUGUCCAAAACGUUUCUGAAGGAAAUCCUGUCAGCUCCUCUUCAAGUUUCUUUCCCAAAAAUUUCACUUUCGCAAAAAUAUGAACUAUAGUGUUAUAAUUAUGUACAAUUCUGCUUGGCAUUACAGUAUCACAGCCUGCUUCCCAAGCUCUGCAGGCUUUGAACUACUUUGAACCACAUGGAAAUCAACCAAAAAUAACAUGCCCCUCAAUGGAAGAGGGAACCUGAGAGGUCAAAUUAGGGUCCCUGGAAAGUAAGAACGGGAUCCUUAAUAUCUGAGACCAUGGAUCCCAGAUGGUCCAGCUUUCAGGUGCAGGUUCCCUGUUGCCCAGUUCUCCAGAUGCCGCCCAAGAACUUAAUUAAUAGAGUCGAUGAAAAAGGAGACAUAAAAAACCUGAUGAAUGUCUCGUCUGACCACAGAAGCGUGUGAAUUAAUGGCAUUAAUGGUGCCACUGUUCUGCAGGAAAACGAGGCUAAGGGAAGGGAUUAAUGGCUGCAUGCACUGUUAGUUUGUGAGGUGAAAGCAGAGAGAUUAGGAGCAGCAACGAAGCGGAUAUGCGGAACAUGGAUAAUGAUUCAUUUAGGAGGGAAGAAACAGGAGUGAAGAGUCCUGUGCAGUUAUCCUGCAGACGCAAAUUCAUACUCGUGUAAUUCUUUUAAUACAUGUGGUUAUACUAAGGUUAAUACUGAUUAAAAAGCAUUUUUUCCCUGUGUUGGAUGCUAAAAGCCUGAUGUUAGCUGGUGCUGCUUGUCCAUGAUCCCGUGAGUAAUCUCUACCCGUUGUUUCAGGACGUGAAGGGACGUCUCACAUGGGCCGAAGCUGAACUGCCUUCAUGGACGUAGAGAGAGACAGAGAGAGAGGGGAGAGAGACAGUUUGACUUCUUCAUUGGAUGACCUUGAUGUUGCUGUGUUUUUUUAUUUUUUUGGUGGGGGGAGUGGCAGUGUGAAGCGGAGCAUGAUGGGGAGGGGGGGGGUGACAGAGUGGAGAGACUGAACGCAGCAGCGGAAGAGAGAGAAAGGAAAACAGAUGGAGAGUGCUACGGAAGACUAGGAGAACUAGAGGGCCUUGUGGCAGGACCCAGGCACCGGCGAGG